AUGCAAACUAUACCGUUGAGAAUGGAGAAGGGACAUAUAAAUCGCUAUCUGAAACAGCAACGAGAAUCAUUGUUAAGGAAACUAGUUUUUCGAAUUCAAAAAUUUUAUGUCUUGACUUCGGAAUUUCGAUUCAAAAUUAUUUUAUGCUUGGUUAAAAAUUAUACGUUUUCCUUCGAUGUAAAGUUACCAUUACCGCAAUGGAUUUUAAAUUUUUUAAACUGGCAUAUGAAUGAUAAUAAUAUAUUUAAAUUUCGAAAGUCAGUAGGAAUCCACAGAGUAAUACAAGAAUAUCAUUCCAAGACUAAUUCAGGACUUGCACAUCCUCUUGCAAACGGAAAAGAUGGUGAUGAAAAUAACCGAGAACUCGUGAACCCAGCAGAAAGGGAUGGUCGAAAACAAGAUUUGCAGCAACAGGAUCCUACCAAUGAACAUUCCAAACAACAAACUGGUCAAGCGGAAACUGAUCAACGGAAUGGUCCUAAAGAUGAACAUCAGGAAGAAACCCAUGGUCCAGAAGUUCCUUCUCAAGGUGAACAUCAGGAAGAAACCCAUGGUCCAGAAGUUCCGUCUAAAGGUAAACAUCAGGAAGAAACCCAUGGUCCAGAAGUUCCGUCUAAAGGUAAACAUCAGGAAGAAACCCAUGGUCCAGAAGUUCCGUCUAAAGGUAAACAUCAGGAAGAAACCCAUGGUCCAGAAGUUCCGUCUAAAGGUAAACAUCAGGAAGAAACCCAUGGUCCAGAAGUUCCGUCUAAAGGUAAACAUCAGGAAGAAACCCAUGGUCCAGAAGUUCCGUCUAAAGGUAAACAUCAGGAAGAAACCCAUGGUCCAGAAGUUCCGUCUAAAGGUAAACAUCAGGAAGAAACCCAUGGUCCAGAAGUUCCGUCUAAAGGUAAACAUCAGGAAGAAACCCAUGGUCCAGAAGUUCCGUCUAAAGGUAAACAUCAGGAAGAAACCCAUGGUCCAGAAGUUCCGUCUAAAGGUAAACAUCAGGAAGAAACCCAUGGUCCAGAAGUUCCGUCUAAAGGUAAACAUCAGGAAGAAACCCAUGGUCCAGAAGUUCCGUCUAAAGGUAAACAUCAGGAAGAAACCCAUGGUCCAGAAGUUCCGUCUAAAGGUAAACAUCAGGAAGAAACCCAUGGUCCAGAAGUUCCGUCUAAAGGUAAACAUCAGGAAGAAACCCAUGGUCCAGAAGUUCCGUCUAAAGGUAAACAUCAGGAAGAAACCCAUGGUCCAGAAGUUCCUUCUAAAGAUAAACAUCAGGAAGAAACCCAUGGUCCAGAAGUUCCGUCUAAAGGUAAACAUCAGGAAGAAACCCAUGGUCCAGAAGUUCCGUCUAAAGGUAAACAUCAGGAAGAAACCCAUGGUCCAGAAGUUCCGUCUAAAGGUAAACAUCAGGAAGAAACCCAUGGUCCAGAAGUUCCGUCUAAAGGUAAACAUCAGGAAGAAACCCAUGGUCCAGAAGUUCCGUCUAAAGGUAAACAUCAGGAAGAAACCCAUGGUCCAGAAGUUCCGUCUAAAGGUAAACAUCAGGAAGAAACCCAUGGUCCAGAAGUUCCGUCUAAAGGUAAACAUCAGGAAGAAACCCAUGGUCCAGAAGUUCCGUCUAAAGGUAAACAUCAGGAAGAAACCCAUGGUCCAGAAGUUCCGUCUAAAGGUAAACAUCAGGAAGAAACCCAUGGUCCAGAAGUUCCGUCUAAAGGUAAACAUCAGGAAGAAACCCAUGGUCCAGAAGUUCCGUCUAAAGGUAAACAUCAGGAAGAAACCCAUGGUCCAGAAGUUCCGUCUAAAGGUAAACAUCAGGAAGAAACCCAUGGUCCAGAAGUUCCGUCUAAAGGUAAACAUCAGGAAGAAACCCAUGGUCCAGAAGUUCCGUCUAAAGGUAAACAUCAGGAAGAAACCCAUGGUCCAGAAGUUCCGUCUAAAGGUAAACAUCAGGAAGAAACCCAUGGUCCAGAAGUUCCUUCUAAAGAUAAACAUCAGGAAGAAACCCAUGGUCCAGAAGUUCCGUCUAAAGGUAAACAUCAGGAAGAAACCCAUGGUCCAGAAGUUCCGUCUAAAGGUAAACAUCAGGAAGAAACCCAUGGUCCAGAAGUUCCGUCUAAAGGUAAACAUCAGGAAGAAACCCAUGGUCCAGAAGUUCCGUCUAAAGGUAAACAUCAGGAAGAAACCCAUGGUCCAGAAGUUCCUUCUAAAGAUAAACAUCAGGAAGAAACCCAUGGUCCAGUUGUUCCUUCUCAAGGUGAACAUCAGGAAGAAACCCAUGGUCCAGAAGUUCCUUCUAAAGAUAAACAUCAGGAAGAAACCCAUGGUCCAGUUGUUCCUUCUCAAGGUGAACAUCAGGAAGAAACCCAUGGUCCUGAAGUUCUUUCUAAAGGUGAACAUUCAAAAAAAACGCAUGGUCCAGUAGUUCCUUCUCAAAGUGAACAUAAGGACGAAGCCCAUGGUCCAAUAGUUCCUUCUCAAGGUGAACAUCAGGCAGAAACGCCUGAUCAAGUUAUUCCCCCUCAAGAUCAACAUCAGGAAGAAACGCCCGAUCAAGUAAUUACUCCUCAUCAGGAACUUGAUACGCUAAAUUCUGGUCAAAUUAAUUCUUCUCAAGGACAUCUUGAUAAACAAUCUUCUACUCAAAGAACUGAUCAACAAAAUCCAGUGGCAACAGAGAAACCCCUUGCAUCGAGCGUUCUAAAAACCAAUAGUCUUGCUCGUAAAAUAUCUCUAGCAGGACUUUACAAUCCUUCUGAUGACAGUUUCACUGGUGCUUCCGCUUGUAAUGUUCCAGGAUUAACUAUUUUCUACGCAUCACUCGUUGCUGUAUAUUUUAUGUUGUAA